GUGUAUUUUAUCUUAAUUAUAUUGAUGGGAUCCUCGAUAUUAUGAAUACCCCACAAUUCCCCACAUUUCGGUAUCCAGACUGUGACCCAGACACCUUCAUCAUAAGUUAGCAUAUAUGUCUUGAUAUUAUCAUCAGUUUAUCUAACAAUAACUCAUCAACACAAUUUUCAACUACGUAUAUUGGUUUCAGAAUCAACUUCACAUCCUACAAAAUAAACCAUGGGAGGUUCUUCUGUCCCCGACAUCAGGCAUAGCGGCCACUUCUUGGAAUUCCUUCUAAAAAACAACAACGAUUACCAUCAGGCUUACCACGACAUUACCACCACCAUCUCACCGGCGUUAUUUGGAAUACCAGAUGAUGCCAACCAUAGCAUAUGGAGAACGGGUGAUGGUAAUGGUUCCAGACCGCUUAAAAGAGAGUUGAACUCUUUCUAUUUUUACAAGGCUGAGCAAUUCACGGUUUUGUGGGUUCUUUUCACGAUGAUAGUGCUCGGUAAUUCCGCCGUCCUAGUUGCACUUUUUGUCAGCAAAAGUCGAAAAUCCAGGAUGAACUUCUUUAUCAGACAACUCGCCAUAGCUGAUCUAUCAGUGGGACUAAUAAACGUAUCAACGGACAUAGCUUGGAGGAUAACUGUGGCGUGGCAUGCGGGAAACGUUCUUUGCAAAUUGAUCAGAUUUCUGCAAGCAGUGGUUACUUAUUCUUCCACGUACGUCCUCGUCGCACUAUCUAUAGAUAGAUAUGACGCUAUUACACAUCCCAUGAAUUUUUCUGGUAGCUGGAAACGAGCAAGAAUGUUAGUAAUUUUGGCAUGGCUGGUAAGCGUACUAUUUUCGCUGCCGACGAUAUUUCUCUUUGAAGAAAAACCAGUUGAAGAUAUUCCCCAAUGCUGGAUAGACCUGCUGCAGUGGCAGUGGAAAGUGUAUAUGACAUUAGUGGCACUAGCAUUAUUCGUUAUACCCGCUCUAAUCAUUAGUGCAUGUUACAUGAUCAUAGUGUGGACGAUAUGGACGAAGAGUAAAUUACUGAUACCAAUGGGACAUAUACCUAUUCGGCUAAGUGAAAACCAUAGAGAUAUACCACCUCGUCAUUUCCAUGAAGAACAAGACGGUCGAAGAGCCAGCUCAAGAGGUAUCAUUCCACGUGCCAAAAUAAAGACUGUCAAAAUGACGUUUGUCAUUGUAUUUGUAUUCGUUGUUUGCUGGAGUCCGUACAUAAUAUUCGAUUUGCUUCAAGUGUACGGCCACAUUCCCAAAACUCAGACCAAUAUCGCUAUAGCGACACUCAUUCAAAGUUUGGCACCCUUGAAUUCGGCCGCCAAUCCAGUCAUCUAUUGUCUCUUUUCGACGCACAUAUGCGGCAACUUGAGAUGCGGCAACAUACUAAAACAUUUAAACCUCGAUCCAUGCAGAAAUGUGCCGCCCUUCACCUGGCUGGCCAACUGCCUCUCAGUCUGCAUGCCGGGCUACUGUAUGGGACACGACGUUUCUGCAACCACAGGCACCGUCACCACGACGGUCACUAACUCUUCUAGAAGGUCCACAUCGGCCACCUCCCUGAGGCACACCAUCAGAUUGCAACCCGCGCUGCAUAACGGCCAGAAGGUGGCCAUUUCUGUCGUCUAGUCAAAUUACAUAACUAUUUGGAUUAUGAUUUUAUUUCGUGAUACUACAGGGUUUUUAUUAUAAAUAUAGUGCAUUCCAUUUUUAUACUAUUUUGUUAUUCGGAGUGAGUUAACUAUACGUACCGGUAUAGCACAAGAGACCCAUAAUUAUUUUAAUCAGUGGCAUUUGAUGGUCAAUUUUUAGGAGUGUCAUGAAUUUGAGUAAUUUUUCACACUAGUCAAUCAUCCUAUACAAGGUGAAUCAAAAGUUGAGUGUUAUUUUUAAUAUGUAUUUAAUUGGAGGUAAACCAGAUUUGAAGACCCAAAAUAUGAGAAAAAAAUUAAAUAAUUCGUUAUUGGGUAGUGUAAAUAAAAAUGAAGCAACAAUUUUUAUUAUUAAAAAUUGGAAAAAAAAAAUUUCCAAUGAACAAAAUUGAAGCUAGAAUUAUUAGAUAUUUAAUAAUUGCCUCUGAGAAAAUUAAGUAAGGGUCAUAAAUUUUUUUAUUGAAAAAUAAGCUUAUUUUUAAGUAAAAGCAAUUACUAUUAUUUUGAUUUACUGGACAUGUCCCUGGUCAACAAAUCCACAAAGAAAAAAUGGUACUACAUAUUUCCAAUUAAAAAUUGUAACGGCACCUGGUUUCAGCUAUGGUGUGCCAUCAUUAGGUCUACAAACAAUAUAAAUAUAAUUUAUGUUGUCGUACACGUAAGGCAUAUUCAUAUUAGUCUAAAAGCUAGCGUCCGCAAAAAGGUAGGGGAGACCGGGGUAGGUUGUAAC